AUGGCCACCUCUCCUCUCUCUCAGCCUCCCUCCCAAGCAGCAUCAACCUCCUCCCUCUCCCUCUCCCCCUCCCACUUACCCCCCGCUCCCCGUGGUCAACUACGCCGUACACGCCCCGUGAGAGAUAGGGAAAGAAUGGCGGACGACGAUUCCUCAGAUCAGAGUUACUGGGAUAACAUGGAGCUCGAAGCGACUCGGCUGGAAAGAGGGUCAAAGGACUACCAAUCCCAGAAUCCCUACUAUCCUCCUCGUCCCCCUCCCGAGACCGCGUCCAUAGACUCCUUCCUAGGAAGUGGAACUCCGAGCGGGGGGACGUUCUCACCCCUCCCUUCCACUGCAUUCUAUGGCGGAACAUACGUCGCCGGUCCCUCACGCGACCCGAGCGUGCAAGAUCAGCUCUUCUCCACCCAUCCCCCAGCUGGGUCAAGCAGCUUCCCUUAUGGACAGGUACAGCCCCCGCCGCCGUCGGCGUAUCGCCCGCCGUCGACGGAACCGAGGCCUGUACCCCUCCAGGGGCAGGGUACGGGGCCGGGGAGGCCUUUGCCUAGCCCGCCUCGGGAUCGAGAUCGAGAGAGGGAGCGGGAGAGGGAGGGAGAGGGGGAGAGGGAGGGGUACGACCAGAGAGGAAGUAGGGAGUCUUCACCUCAACUUGCACAGGCGCAACAGAAGAGGAAUUCCCCGUCGCCGCAGGGGCAGGGGAAUGCACACCCGCCAGCUCAGCCCCAGCCCCAGAUGCAACCUCAAGCUCAGCCUCAAGGGCAGUCCAGACCACAUUCUCAGCAACCCUCGCCCAAGCCCAGGUCGCAGCAGCCUUUCCCCCAGCCUUCGCCCAACCUCCGUCCCCAACCCUCGCCCAUCCCUCACCAGCCCCUCCCUUCCACCCAACCUCUUUCCCUCUCCCACUCCUCGCACCACACCCAAGUCCAACCACACACCCACACCCACACCCAACCGCCUUACUCCCAGCCCCAGGCACACCCUUCUCCUCCCCACGGACCCCGGCAUUUGGGACAUCACGUCUCUCCCUUUCCCCCCUUUCCCCAAGAAGAACUGGACCGAGACCUUCCGGAGCUACCUCUUACCCCCCGGUCCGGGUCGCCGCCGCCUGAAGGGUUCGGGGGCGCGGCGGCUGGAGCACCGUUUGUUGGAGGGUUUGUGAGGCAUAGGGAGGGGGGGUGGGAUUUGGAUCAUGCACAAGGGAUUGGGUACCGACAAGGGCUUGGGACUGACCGCGGGCUUGGGCAGAGGGAGAGGGAGAGGGAGAUCACUCAGCCUAGAGAGCGAAGAGAGAGCAAAGACAGCCGGCAUCUGGAACCUAAAGAGUCCAGGGAAGCUCAAGCUCGGGAAACCAGAGAACCCCGAGACGCGAGGGAACCGAGCGACAGCUACACGCCUUUGAGGGACGAGAUGGGCCUCACGAGGGGGUAUCACGGGCAAGAGAGUUCUGGUGAGACUGUUAAGCCUCUUUCUGCUCAGGCUCAGGCCUGGCAGGCUGGGCAUGGGAGGGAGGACAGUGGUGGUACCGGGGGCGGCGGCGCGGGGGGGUAUCCGGUGGAGUUGACACCACUUUUGCCGGGAGGGCUGAGGUUGUUGAGGGCUUCUAGGGAGAUGAGGGAGAGUGAGGAGAGUGCGGAGAGGGAGGAGGAGGAGGAGGGUGAAGAGUACGACGAGGGCGAAGAAGAAGCAGAAGGCUCAGCUGAAGAAGACCUCGGGAGUCAAGUCACCCAGAGCCAGGACGAGUACGACCCAGUCUUCCAGGAGCAACAACAGGGACUUGAACAGGGACUUGAACAGGAGCGGGAACGAGAACGGGAAGAGCAGCAACAGCGCCCGGAUGGGGAAGUCGACUCGCUCGUUUCGCCCCUCCAGCCUGCUGCCUUGCACCCGGCACGCAGCCUCCCUCCUCCUGUACGCGCGGCUGCACGACCUACGACGCCUGAGCCGCUCACGAUCGAGCCUGAUUCGCCUGACGUGCCCCUCCUCCUCCCGAACGGCAACACAAAGCUCCUCUUCCGGAUCCGGAACCCAAACCCCCACCCCAUCGUCUUCAAAAUAAUGACAACCCAGCCCCGGGUAUACAGCGUCCGGCCAAACUUUGGCUUUCUCCCACCCGGGCAAGUGCUAGAACUGGAGGUCCACGCCCCGGGGGAUGUGAACCUCCGCCGGCGGGCUACGCCUGGGAGAGGAGAUAGGUUUGCUGUGCUGUCUAGGUUUGCACCUGCGGUGUGGGAGGGGGACGGGGAAUAUGCGUCACUUUUUCCGAGCAAGACUACUCAGGCGGAGGGGAUGCGCUCGCAGAGGUUUCGCGUUAGGCCUUUGCUUGUCCCCCAACUCCAAUCCCAACUCCAAUCCCAACUCCAAUCCCAAUCCCAAUCCCAAUCCCAAUCCCAAUCCCAAUCCCAACCCCAGGCUCAGACACAGACACAGGCACAUGCACAGGGGAGCGCGGGCCCAACGCUGCCAGGAGCGUUCUCCCCCCCGGGGAAAACGCGCGCUCUCACCCCUUCCCUCUCCCUUCUCAGCCCGACGUUCACCGCUCCCCUCCUCCCUCCCGCCCCCGCCCCAAGCACCAGCAACACCCUCCCCCUGCUGCGACCCCGCAGCCCCCAAGCGAUCCGGUUCGCCGAUCCCGUCUCCCUCUCCGCCGCCGCGGGCCAGAUCGUCCAGUCCCGCAUAGCCGAACAGCGUGAGACCCAACUACACGCGUCGAUCGGCGCUGUCCAAGCCGGAGUAGGCGAGCUGAACCUGAAAGUAGAGGAAGUCCUGCGCAGGAUGGGCGCUGCUGAGGAACUGAGAGCACGUGCGCAGGGGGUGGAUGAGAUGCCUGCGUUGAUGGAGUAUUCUUAUCCGGAGUUUAUCACUCCUGGGAGGAAGAAACAGGGCUUGCAGCCUGGGGAGGUGAUGCUCCUCGCUGUGGGCGUGUUUUUGGUGACGUAUUAUGGGAGGGCGUGGCAUAUUAUUUGAGGGAGUUGGACAAGUAUGAUACGGUUUGUAUAUGCGUGCGCUCUAUCGAUAUGAAGUUGUGUAGAAUAUGUUGACGGUCUAUCAUCCCG